GUGAAGAAAUACUAUUAAUGAACUUAAUGGCAAAAUUUUUUAAAGUUCAGGGACGAAAAAGAAAGGAAAUUAGGAUAAGGAUCAGCUGAUAUUUUCAUUCCUUUUCUUCCCAGCCAUACACGUUUCUGCUCUGUCUUCUUCCCGACUCUUCUUCCCCGAUAAGCCCCCAAGCCACCGACUCUCUCCCCCUUGAAAAACCCGGUGAGAUCUUGAUGAAAUUUCUCUUCUUUUCUUGUUAAAUCACGAGAUUUGGGGGCUUAGAAUUCUCUCCCUCAACCCAAAAAACCCGGAUCUGCCUUGCUUCUUCCUCUCUUGUCCGUCGGGUUCUGCUGGGUUUGAAUCCUUCGGCUUUUCGCCGUGAGUUUCCCCUGAAUUUUUGCACAUGCCGCCGGCCUCCACCCCAAACCCGCUAGCUCCGGCCUUGCUCAUUGAAUUCCGGUAUGGACAGCUUCUCUAAAUCCAGAUUUUACCCUUUUAAUUGCUGAAUUUUGUCUGUCAAAUUGCUGCCUUGUGUGUGUGUCCGAAUUGUGCCGGAAAUGGGGGGAUUCCAGUAGCUUUUAGCAGCAAUUAAAUGUGUUUAAGCUUGAUUAAGUAGGAUUUAGCUUGAAUUAGCUGCUGUGAUUUUGGAGAAAAAUCCUGUGAGAUUAGCUAUGGUUUUGCAAAUUUGAAAGUUGAAGUUACUGUUCACGUGUACUGUUUACGGGUACUGUUCAUAGGUACUGUUCACACACCGAGGGCUAAUAAUUAACGGGGAUUUGAAUGUUUAGUUUGUGAUAUAAGAAUAAAUUUGGAAAUGUUCAGUUAUGUGGAGAUUGAUAGAAAUAGCACUUUGAAAUUGUGGCAGUGAGGUAUUAACUGUGGAAUAUUGUGAUUAGGUUCCUGAUCGUUCUGUCAAUUUAGCACUGAGAUCGAGCCUUUGGUUUUAAGCGAGUGAGGUAGUAUUACCCGAGACACAGGAAUCAAGGGGAGUGACGAGCAAAUUGGCUAGCUAUUGCAAUUGGGUAUAGAUUUCGAGUUUAGAUUGUCCUUGUAGGUUAGAUUCAUUAUUUUGAGUUUAAGUCAUGUUGGACAUAGAUUUGUGGAAUAUAUUAUCCUUCUUGGAAGAUAGAUUGUACCUUGAAUUUUAUGGUAUUAAAACAAAUUCUGUGAGAAUAGAGUUUGUGAUUUGGAUAAGUUUCGAGCCUUGUGCAUUUGUGGGACCCUCUCACGAGUGCAUGGCGUCUGUCGCGCCUCAAAUUCGGGUUCUGAGGCGUGACAGGGUUCCACCGAACCCAGCUCGGGUUCUAUGACUGGGUUCGAGUUGGGUUCCUUUGCUGGGUUCGAGUUGGGUUCUGUCGAACUUAGCUCCACUUUUUUGUUUUUUUUUUUUUGUUUUUGUUAUAUGUUGCCGAACAAGGAAGCCCAUAGCCCCGACGCCUCUCCUCUUGAGAAAACCGGUAAGAGGCUUGGUUUUUGCCUUUCUUUUCUUGUUCGAAAACCAGAUUUGGAGCCUUGAAACCUUCUCCCCUAUGCAGAAUCCCGAAUCUGCUCUGCUCCUUCCUUCCUCACCGCCGGCUGCUCUUGAUUGUGGGUGUGACUUUCUCUAAUUUCUGAUUGCGUGAUUUUUCUCCUGCACUUGCCGCCAGCCUUCCCCCAAACUGCAGUCCGGUUUUUGCUGGGAAAAUUCUGGUUUCUGAUCGUUCUGUCAGUUUGGCACUGAGAUCGAUUAUUUGGUUUUAUGUGAGUGAGGUAAGUAAAUUUAUGAUAAUAUCCGUACAGUUUUUAAAAGCAUGUUUUAACUUAUUUUUGAAGUAGUGGUGGGACUAAACCCGUUUUAUACAAAAGUAAGUAUGACUGAUUUGAAGUGAAAUUUUUAUGCUUUUCAUUAAAUUGAGCAUGCUUACUUGAAAUUUAAUUGAUUAUCCUGAUGAUCUGAAAGUGAUUGUUGAAUUAUGAUUUUUUUGUUAACUUCAGCCUGUUUUGUCUCCGAUAUGGUCAUGUUAUUCGUGUACCCACUAGUGGGAGGUUUAUAAAUGCUAGCACAUGUUGACAUGUUACUGAUAGAACCGGUUCGUUUAUGUUAUCCUGCUAGUGGGAUUAUACACUAGUAAAUCAUGUGCCUGCCAGUGGGAGGUUUAUAACACUGGCAUGACCUAUAGAGGAAACGUCUAUUUCGUUUCCAUACCCGUAUCUGUUUUUUGUGAGUACAUAUGUUGGCAUGCUGUAAGUUUAAUAAGGGGCACUCCAUAUUUUACUUACUGAGUUUAUCUCAUAGUUUUUCCUUGUCCACCAUUUCAGGAAGCGAAGUCAAGGACGGGGAAACCAUGGAAAGUGACGAGUUAGAAGGCUAUCCAUUUCGAGAUUGAUAUAAAUUCUAGAAAUAAAUCAUGAUCUUGUAAACUAGAGUGUAUUUGGAGAUUUUAUGAUAUCAAAGCAGAUUUUAAAAUUUGAUCUUCAGAUUUUGUGGUAUCAAAUUGUGGUAUAAUAAGUUCCGAACCUUGUGUAUUUGUGAGACCCUCUCACAAGUGCACGGCGUCUGUUGCGCCUUGAAUUUGGGUUUUGGGGCGUGACAGUAAUUCUUUAUUUUUAUCCUCUAUAUAACUGGAGUUUAUUCAUUUUAAUAAUGAUAAAAUAAUUGA